AUGAAUAAAAAGAGAAAUAAAGUACCUAAUAUGUUGAAGCUGAUCCUGACUGCACUGGCUGCUGCGGCUCUGGCCGCCCCUCAGUACGGCUACGAAGCCCCCCGAGGAUCCAUCAGGGGCGGCGGAGACUCCAGCGAGGAAGCCGCCAUCCUGAGAGACGACCGCGACAGGGACGAUUCCGGAAGGUACAGCGUUGCAGUCGAGACCGAAAACGGUAUUAGACUGACCGACAGCGGCGCCCCUGGAGCCAAGGGAGCCAUCGCCGCUUCUGGCUCUUUCUCAUACACCGCCCCCGACGGCACCCCCGUCAGCCUGCAGUACGUCGCCGACGAGAACGGCUUCCAGCCCCAGUCUGAUCUCCUGCCAGUGGCCCCUGCAUUCCCCCACCCAAUCCCCCAGUUCGUCCUGGACCAGAUCGCCUUCGCCGCUGAGGAAGACCGCAGGGGCAAGUCAGUCUCAUCUCCCUCGGGAUCUUACUCCGCUCCACGAUUCUAAUCUCCGACUCAUCCGCAUCCUUGACGAAUGAUUCUAUCACAUUAAAUUAUUCUGUAAAUAAUAAAGAUUGAAUAGA